CGAUCAGAUCAAUUCCUCUCUCUCUCUCUCUCUCUCUCUCUCUCUCUCCACGGCCCACCUGCCAGGUCCGCCGGAGAACGAGGCUCACGUACCCGGCGCACCGCCGCCGGGAAGCCGCCUCUGCCUCUUGCCUCACCCCGCCGCCGCCGCCGCCAACGAUGGACCCCGCGCCCGAUCCGCUCUCCAUCUCCGCCUCCGCCCCAUUCCCCACCAUCCCGACCACGAGCCCCAGGACCCGCGCCGCGAGGCCGCGGCGCCACGCCGCUCCAUUCCGAUCAGACCACCCCGCUGCCGCCGCCGCCGCCUCCGCCUCCGCCUCCGCAGGCCGUCGCUCCGGGGGCGAUCUCUCGCGCCGGCCCGCGGCCUUCGGCUUCGCCCUGGAGGAGGGUUCGCCGUCGGUGGGCUCCUGGGGCGCCUCUCGCGACGCCAACUUUGUGUUCGGGAGUGGCGUGGCCGGGGCGGCGGAGAUGAGGAAGAGCUUCUCGUCCGGGUCCGGUGGUGAGGCUUCGUUGUCUGGCCUUUCGCCAACAGUCGAGGACCUUGUGUUGGAUGGUUCCGGGAGGCAAAUCGAUACUGAUGUUUCCGGAGGAGACGAUCCGGUUCCGGCCAUGAACGCCAGUGGCAGCUUCGGUGGCCGUGGAAGCAAUUCCAGUUUGCAUGAGGGUUUUUGUCCGGAACCUCUCGACGAUCAGACUGAGCAGCUCGAUAAAGGGUAUGGAGUCCCAUCUCAAUGCGAGGGUAUGGGGACAAGCUCAUUAGCCACACAAGCAGUUAAUUCAUCACCAUGCUCCGUCGAGAAUGUUUCCAUUGAAUUUCCAGAGAGCGGGGACAGCUCGCCUGUUGGAAAUUCUUUGGAUGAUAGUUUAGCAAAUGAUGGAAGUAAACUUUGCGCAAAUGGUGGUGAUGGUCAACAAAAUUUCUUUGUUUUUGGUGAACAUGCUCAGAAACGGGAGUUCACCACCAAUGCAACGGAUGCUAAUACAACGGAUGCCAAUAUCAGUAUGGUAGUUUCAGCUGAUAAUGAGAGUGUAGCAUACAGCUCUGAACAACUUAAUGUUUGGGGUGCUAAAGGUAGCACAUGCACCAAGUUCAUUUUGCAGGAUGCGACACAUGCGUGGUGUUCAAGUAACAAGGGUCCUCCACACUCAGAACCUCGUGAAAUUUCUGACGCAGUGAAAGCAUCAGAUGCUGUACCUUCUAACUUUGGAUCUGAAGAUGGCAGUGCAAAUGUUUCUUUAAUAAAGUUGCCUUAUGUUAUUGAAGCAGCGGUUGCUUCAGAACUUGCUGAAUGCGGGCCAUUUGAUGAGAAAUGUUUUACUGUUCAUGACCACAAUGAAGCAUCUAGGAACAAGGGAGGGGUUAAGGGUAUGAGCACAAAUCGAAAAACUGUUAGACCAAAGAAAUUCUCCACAGUCCGUCAGGUUUCUUCCUUGGAACCAGUCUCAAGAGGUGAUCAUUGUUCUGGAGAAGUGGCUCUGGAAAAAGAAUUGAAUUUGAAAGAAGCCGGUAGCUUCACAUUAGAGUCCUCAGGUAUCAACUGUGCUAAAGAGCAAUCUGAUUCUAACAACUCAGCUUCACAAACAACAGAAAGCAGCCUUGAUGGAACAGAAUUUACUUCUCCAGUAAACAUGGAACAUUCUGGUGAAUCUGAUUUCAUAUUUGCCGCAUCAACUUUUGAUCAAAGUACAUUGCAUUCACAAAGACGACAUAACAAGAAAAAUGGUCAAGGAAUGGGUAGUCAUGCUAACUCUAUUCUAAGCCUUCCAACAUCUGCCGUUGGUCUUGCACAGUCAGAAGUUUCAACAAGCCAGCAAUGCACAAAUUUAUCUGCUCAGUGGACUAAAUACAGCAAAGUGGAACCUAAAAUGGCAACAGUUAGUGGAGGAGCAACAUGUACAAAAAUAGAAAACUUUGGACACCAGGAAGAUUGUGAAACAUGGCGUCUAAGGGGAAACCAAGCAUAUGUAGAAGGACAGUUGACUAAGGCUGAGGAAUGCUAUACCCAUGGAAUUGAUUCGUUUUCUCCAAAUGAAGCUUCUAGAAAAGCAUUAAUGCUGUGCUAUAGCAAUCGUGCAGCUACUCGGAUGUCUCUGGGUAAGAUGAGAGAGGCCCUAUCUGAUUGUCGAGAAGCUACUGACAUUGAUUCCAGCUUUCUCAAGGCACAAGUCAGAGCUGCCAACUGCCUACUUGCCCUGGGGGAUGUUGAAGAAGCACAAAAGGGUUUUGAAAUGUGUUUGAAAUCUAAUCAUGCGUCGAGCUUUGACCAUAGAAUUGCAGAAGAGGCUUCUGAUGGUCUACAAAAAGCUCAGAAAGUGUCUGGUUUUAUUCUUCAGUCCAAGGAGUAUCUCACAAAGAAGGCAUUUGACAAGAUACCCAGCACCUUGGAAAUGAUCUCUGAUGCUUUGUCCAUAAGUAUUUAUUCAGAUAACUUGAUGGUGAUGAAAGCAGAAGCACUGUUACUGUUGCGGCGAUAUGAAGAAGUAAUUCGCUUUUGUGAAGAAACUCUUUAUCAAGCAGAAAGAAAUAGUGUUUGUUUGUGUCCUGACAAGCAUUCAAAAAGCAAAUACUUGGACAACGGUAGUUGCUCUGUGAAAUUGUGGCGUUAUCAUCUUAUUGCCAAGUCAUAUUUCUUCCUAGGAAAGCUUGAAGAGGCUCAUCAGUUCUUAAAGAAGUAUGGGCAAAAAACACUCAUGGAAUGGAGGUGUGGGAAGCAUUCUCAGCAAUCAAUUUCGACAUUCUCCGUGGCAAUCUCUGAACUACUGCAGCUUAAAGCUGCUGGGAAUGAAGCAUUUCAAGCUGGUAAAUAUUCAGAGGCUGUGGAACAUUAUACCACUGCUUUGCUGAGCAAUACCGAGUCACUACGUUUCUCAGCAAUCUGCUUUUGUAACCGUGCAGCGACAUACCAAGCAAUGGGUCAAAUUUUAGAUGCAAUAGCAGAUUGUUCACUAGCUAUAGCCCUUGACACGGAUUAUUCUAAGGCUAUUUCCAGAAGGUCUAGUUUGUAUGAACUUAUAAGGGACUAUGGUCAGGCAGCAAAUGAUCUCCGUAGGUUAAUUUCUCUUCUUGAGAAACAACUGCAAGAAAAUAUAUCCAUGCCAUCAGAAAAGACAGAGAGUAUUCGUAGCAAUCUGAAUCGAGCCAAUCUUAGGUUUUCUUCUGUGGAGCGGGAUGCCAGAAAAGGGGCCUCCUUAAACAUGUAUUUGAUAUUAGGAAUCGAACCUUCUUGCUCUGUUGUGGAUAUAAAGAAGGCGUACCGCAAAGCAGCACUAAAGCAUCAUCCAGACAAGGCUGGUAAAUUUCUUGUCAGAAGUGAAAAUAUCAGUGAUGCAUUAUGGAGAGAAAUCACUAAUGAAAUCCACAGAGAUGCUGAUUAUUUAUUCAAAUUAAUUGGGAAGGCGUAUGAUAUGCUUUCAGACCCUACAAUGAAAAGGAAAUGAUGGAACCUGAGAUGUGCGAGAAAGUACAAACAGUGCACAUGUAACAGAAGUAGCCAGAGCAAUGAAAAAUGAUGACAGGACCUCUUAGAGUGUUAAUCAGAGGUGGUACAGCAAAGAAGUGUACUGGAGAGGUCCUACGCCAAUUUUUGUGUGCACACAUGGUGCUACUGGCCUUCUUCAUGGGUACAUGAGCACCAUUACCAUGGGAAGCAGUGGAUCUUGGUGUUCACGUCUAAUUAUCGAUGUCAGAGUUUCAGUGUUUUUGGAGAUUCAACUUUUGUGUGCAGAGUUCAGAUUACAUGGGUACCAGUAACCCCACAAAAUGCAACUUUUUGUUUGUAAAGGUGAUGUUCAAAUAUCUGAUGUGCAGUCUUGGAGCAGUUCGAAAUGGAAUUAGGCAGAGUGGAAUACUGUGAAUACAGGUAUACCUUUUUGUACCCCGUCAUUUACAGAGUGUAGCAGAAGCAUGUUUUUUUCCCCUGAAAAUACAGACGCAAAGGUUGCUGAUAUGUUGUCUGUACAUCGUAAUUUGUGUAGGGAGAGGGGGCAGGAUUGGUUUCCCCCUUUUUUGGUAUCAAUGCAGUUUUCUUUGUAUCUUCUGUGUAAUACUGAACCAACGAGAGUGAGCGAUUCUUUUCUUGUAAGUAACAAAUAAGUUGGUAUGAAUUAAUAGUGUGAUUUUGUGUUGCGAACUAGUUGGUUUGAUGUGCCAUUCUUCAAAAGUCGUAUGCUUUGGUUCCUAAAGGCUGUGCAAAAUGAAAGGAACU